AUGUCUUCCGUCAGCGAUACUGAGAGUUCAGACAUUGAUGAAACCUCCUCAAACGGAGUCAUUCUUUCUGCGCAAUCCCAAAUAUCGCGUCAGGGGGCACCAAAACCUGUUCUAGGUGAAGCCCACAGGCGCUUCGUCAUUGUAACAACGCUGCUGCACUUGAUCGACCCGGUGCGUGGUGAAGCUACAACCCAUAGCCUUGAUAGGCACCCACACGAUGACUCUUGGAAGUAUCAGCAACUUCAGAAAAAGUUUCUUGAUUCAUUCGCUCUAGCAGCUUCCACUUCAAGGAAAGGACGUGAAAGUGCGUCCGCGGUUUGUCUCGAGGAGGGACGACCUGGCGGAAAUGUCCUGCGGCUUGCCCGGAACAUUGGUGUCCCUGAGGAGCUUCUAAGCAAACUACAGGAAAUUUUGGACGAUCUCACUGCCGUUUCUCUAAAAGUGCAGAACACUGACUUGGGAAAUCAAUGGAUAGAAAAAAAAGCGAAAGACAUGGAAGCUGAGAUAUUGUUGAAGGUCAUCACUUUGACUACGGAUAAGAUAUGGUUCCUGCUGGAGAGACUUCGCAGCUCAGACGCCCCAAAGAGCAUAAAUCUUGUGCUUGACUUGAUGAAAGACAAGGACUUAGCUAUUCACGACAAUGAUGAGGCCAAUUUCAGGACGUGGAUCUUGCAUCUGCCAUCCCUCGUAUCUCUUAGUCCCGGUACUAGUCCUGCUCAGCUUAUUCAGCAUGUCAAAUGGGCAUCACAGGCUAGAUGGGUUUACUCAGAACAGCUUGAAGACUUUUUUGGAUCUGAGAGUGGACAGUUGCCAAACUGGCUCAAACAUAUAUACAAACUUGGGCGGUAUUAUGCAGCAACCAAGGCAAUGCUCAAGUUGGCCAUAAAGCAGCCAGCCGUGUUCACCGGUAUUCAUGUCCGAGCAGUCGAAGCCCCGGGUGAGGUGGAAUUUUCGCUGGGAAACCAGAAAACUCCUCUUAUGGAGGUGCUGAAGAAGAUCAUCAAAACUGAUCCUGACAAAGUGAAGGAAACAUUGGGCCAAGCUUGGCUUACACAGGACCCUGAAACGCGACUCCGCCGGGCAUGCCGUAUGAAACUUACUGUGCAUGCUGAAAUGCAGCUUAUCAGCUUUUAUGACCAUAACCCCGAACUUACUCCUCGGCUACUAUUCAUGGGUACUAGUAAAAAGGCAUGCUAUCUCUGCAACGAAUUCAUGUCUCGUCAUCCCCUUACAAUCGGCGUGUCGGCAAGUCACCAGAAGCUUUAUCCUACUUGGAUGCCUGCUCCGUGUUCCUCGGCGGUGCGCAAGAAACACAAGGUUCUCUUAUGGGAGUUUAGCCGACACCUUGAGCAAACGACUGCACGUGACCUUGAGACAAGAUUAGGAGUUCGACGGCCGAUAACCCUGGAUUCUACAGCUGGACCAUCGCUCACAACGACUGCGACAGUUUCGACGGGGCUCUGGAUUCAGGAAUUGCCACUGCACGGAGGUAUUGAGCGUGGGGGAGCGGCUAUUCAGGAAUAA